AUGCAGUUUGGCAGCCCGAGGGCCGCGGGCCCCAGCGAUGGGGGGCUGGGGGAGGCCGGGGGCGGGCCCUGGACUCCGGCCAGCCCCUUCGGAGCCGAGGGGGAGGGAGGGCAGGGCGGCCUGGGGGAAGGGAGCUGGGGCGGGUGGGUGCUGCUGCAGGGGGCGACCCUGGGCGCCCCCGCCCGCAACGCCCCGGGCCGCUGCCCCGAGGCUCCCACCCCCCUGCGUUUUCCGGUCCCCGCGGCCCGGGUCCGGGAUCUUCGCCCGCCCCCGCCCCGCCCCCACACUGCGGCGCCGCCACCGCCACCGCCACCGCCACCGCCGCCGCCGCCCCGGCUCCCACGGCCGGCGGCGGGGGCAGGGAGGAGCCAGGCACGACGUCCGCCCCCCCCCACGCCCCGCCGCCCCGCGCGCGCGCCGCUCGACUCUCCGCGGAGAGGUGUGCCCCCCAACUGGCACUCUCCCCACCCCCGCCGCCCCUCCCAGAUCCGCUGGCACCCCGCACCCCCAGCCACAGGUGGCCGGAGGAAGAUCGCUGCGCAGCGCUCCCCGGCCCGGCCCCCCGAUCACCCCUCGGCCCGCCCCCCGGGGGCCUCGCGGGUCCCCCCGCCCCGCCGGGCCGAGGAGGGCCGGGAGCCGGGGGGGAGGGGCGGGGGGCCGGGUCGUGCCAGGCUGCCAUUUUCUGCCGCCGCCGCGGAGCCUGCGCGGGGCCCGGCCCCCGCCCCCCUCCCCCGCUCCCUGCGGGCCGCGGCGGGAGCCGAUUAUUCCGGGUCGGGGUCCGCGCCCUCCAGCGCCCCGGCCGCAGGCCCCAGGCUGGGCCCCGGGGCGGGGGCAGGCACGGCCCGGAAGGCGGGGGCGGCAAGGCCGGGGCCCCUGCGGCAGCGCCUAGCCGGGCACCGAGCCCGGCCCGCCGUCGCCGCCCGCAGCCUUGGCCCCGGGAGCGCCCGGCGCCGAGUUGCGGGGAUCCGGGAGCGUGUCCGGAGCCGGGCACUGCCCGCCACCUUGCCCCCCGCCCGGCUACCCUCCUCCCCGCCCGCCUCCGGGCCGGCCUCCCGGGCCGCCAGCAGCGGCGCUCAUUACCGUGUGGCCGGUGGGGUCGGGCCGGCCCGGCUGCGCGCCCUAGUGCCGCGGCGCCGCGUCCCGGCCUCCGCCCGCUGCUCGCCCCCCGCGGCCGCGCUGGCCCCGGCCCCGGCGCUGCGGAGCCGGCCCGCGAGGCAGCGCCGACUUGGGGGCCCCGGGGCGCCGCGGCGGGAGCGGCCUAGGCGCGCGGCCGGUCCUAGCGCCCUCGGCCCGACUUCCCGGCCCCUAUGUCCCGGCUCGGGGGUCCCCGCACGCUGCGGGUCGGAGAGCCGGACCCCGCAUCGCCCCGACCCUGCGCAGGGCCCGGGCACCCCGCCUCGGCCGCUCUCCUGGCCACUCCGCCGGGGGCCUGCGGCAGCCCUCACCACCACCACCGCAACCCUGCGCGGGGCGCUCCGCUACCUGGCGCUGCCUCUGCGCUGGGUCCCCGCAUCCAGCACUGGCCGCAGGGACAGCGGCCCCUCCUCUCCCGCGGCCGGUGUCAAGUGCCUCCCCCCCGGCAGCCCGCGGAGCCCCCGGCGGCCUUCGCCCUGCAGUUCUCCCGACCUCCACCAGAGCCCACUGCACUCUGCCUGCCUCAGCACUGGGGCUGGGGACAGCAGCGCCGGCCCAUCCGCGUCGCAACCCCCAUGCCACCCGCCACCCCCGCCAGGUGCCGCCGCCGAGUGGAGGCCAGUCCAUUCAACAGGGCCAAGGUCGGGGCGCCGGGCCUAUCCAGGCCGUCUUGGAGGCUCGAGUACCUCUAUUGGAUGA